AUGAUGAGAAACGGUACAGUGACAACAUUCAUUCUGCUGGGACUGACAGAUGACCCUCGGCUACAGGUUCUGAUUUUUAUCUUUCUAUUUCUCACCUACACCCUGAGUGUAACUGGAAACCUGACCAUCAUCACACUAACCUCUGUGGAUUCUCACCUAAAAACACCUAUGUACUUCUUCUUAAAAAAUUUCUCCUUUCUGGAGAUCGCAUUCACAUCUGCCUGUAUUCCCAGGUACAUGUAUAGUAUUGCAGCAGGUGACAAGGUCAUUACCUACAACGAUUGUUUCAUCCAAGUGUUUUUUACUGACCUCUGUGGAGUAACAGAAUUUUUCCUUCUGGCGGCCAUGUCCUAUGACCGCUAUGUGGCCAUCUGCAAACCCCUGCAUUAUACGACCAUCAUGAGCACCAAGGUCUGCCAGACUCUUGUCAUUAGCAGUUGGGUGUCUGGUUUAUGUAUCAUAGUCCCACCACUUAGCCUGGGUUUAACUCUAAAAUUUUGUGACUCUAACAGGCUUGAUCAUUUUACCUGUGAUGCAUUUCCCUUAGUGAAAAUCUCAUGCUCAGACACAUGGCUCAUCGAACAGACAGUCAUAAUCUGUGCUGUCCUGACCUUGAAUAUCACUCUCACUUGUGUUGUUCUGUCAUAUGCUUCCAUUAUCAAGACAAUUUUGAAAUUCUCUUCUGUUCAGCAAAGGAAAAAGGCCUUUUCCACCUGUUCUUCCCACAUGAUUGUGGUUUCCAUCACCUAUGGCACAUGCAUUUUCAUCUAUAUGAAUCCUACAGCAAAGGAGCAAGUGACCAUUAAUAAAGUAGUUUCGCUGCUCAUUUCUUCUGUUUCACCUAUGUUAAACCCAUUUAUUUAUACACUGAGAAACAAUCAAGUUAAGAAAGCCUUCAAGGAUUCCAUCAAAAGAAUUGUUUUACUCUCUUCUAAUAAAAGGAAAUAA